AGGGGUCGGCCAGUUUCUAAUAAUAUUUGCACCCUUACACACUCUCGCUUUCAUUAGGAAGACGGAAAACCUAUGUUAAACUCUGGGUUUAUUUCUUUUAUUUUUUUUAAGUGCAACCCAAGAGAAACUAACAAACGGAAUUUGUCUGUGUGCGCGCUUAUUUCCGGUUAAACCGGUUCCCCACAUUGAGCUGAGAGGCUGGGUUCAAUACCGCGCAUUACACCACUGAAGAGGGCGUGAGCUUCUUGCACAUUUGCCUACAGUAGUUUGCUGACUUUAUCACACUGUUUAAUACAGUAGCAAGCCGUUUCGGACGUCAGAGGCGCUCAUAGCUCCAACAAGCUGAAACGAGAAGCCAAACUCCUGAACGGAGCGCCGAGAGUUGGAGUCGACUCUGGAAAAACAAAAGCCACAAAAUGCCGGAGGAGGAUCAUUACGGAAAGCAUGGUGAACCCAGAAAAUAUGACCCCACCUUCAAAGGACCAAUCCAAAAUAGAGGCUGCACAGACAUUUUUUGCUGUAUUAUUUUCAUCCUGGCCAUAAUUGGAUAUGUCGCUGUGGGAAUACUAGCAUGGUCCCAGGGUGACCCUAGGAAGGUGAUCUACCCCACAAACAGCAGAGGGGAAUUCUGUGGUCAAGCUGGAACUGAUUUGGAGAAAAAGCCCUACCUGUUCUACUUUAACAUCCUGAAGUGUGCCAGUCCUGUAGUCCUUCUAGAGUUCCAAUGUCCCACCACUCAGAUUUGUGUGGAGAAAUGUCCUGAUCGAUCCCUUACUCUGUUAAAUGCCUUUGUUAAUACCAAAGACUGGGCUUACUACAAAACCUUCUGUAUAGGAGACCCAGGCAACAUGACCCCUCCUGACAUCUUGAAACAAAGACUUUGUCCUGCAGUGCUCAUCCCUAGCAAACCAUUCACACGGAGGUGUUUCCCUGCUCUUGGCAUAAAGGAGAAUGAGAUUACUGUAGGAAACAGUACCAGUUUUCCGGAUGGACGGGGCAAGACUGUAAAGGCCAGUGACCUACUGCCUGCUGUAAAGAAUGCUACAAUAGUUGCUGAAACUCGAAUGGUGGUAAUGAAGAUCUUUGAGGAUUUCACAGUGUCAUGGUAUUGGAUAAUCCUUGGUCUGGUAAUCGCAACAAUUUUGAGUCUGAUCUUCAUCAUAUUACUGAGGUUCUUGGCUGGCAUCAUGGUCUGGGUUAUGAUCGUCAUGGUCAUCCUCGUCAUUGGAUACGGUAUCUUCCACUGCAGUAUGGAGUAUGUUCAUCUAAAGAAUACCCCUGGGGCCAACAUCACCCUGAAGGAGCUGGGCUUCCAGAUGGACUUGAAUGUGUACCUGCAUAUCAGACAGACCUGGCUAGCCUUCACAAUCAUUCUGGCAAUAGUGGAGCUCAUCAUCAUCCUGCUUCUCAUCUUCCUCAGAAAGAGAAUAUUAAUCGCCAUUGCUCUCAUCAAAGAGGCCAGCAGGGCCAUCGGUCACGUGAUGUCAUCUCUGUUUUACCCUCUGUUAACCUUCCUUCUCGUAGCCAUAGUCAUUGCAUACUGGGCUAUCACAGCUAUCUUCCUCUCCACAUCCAAUGAGGCAGUGUACAAAGUGUUUAAUCAGACUGAGUGCAUUUAUGCAAGCAACACCUGCAGCCCUGAGAACUAUACCAGCUCUGAAAUGAAGAAACAGUGCCCAGAGUCUCAGUGCCUUUUUGCAUUCUACGGCGGCGAAUCUGCCUACCACAAGUACCUCAUCUUCCUGCAGUUCUACAACGUCUUCCUCUUUUUCUGGUGUGCCAACUUCGUGACAGCCUUGGGUCAGAUGACUCUGGCGGGUGCCUUUGCCUCCUACUACUGGGUGUUCAACAAGUCUCGCGAUAUGCCUGCCUGCCCAGUGUUUGCCUCACUGGGGAGAGCUCUCAGGUAUCACACAGGCUCUCUUGCGUUCGGUUCUCUCAUCUUGUCAGUCGUCCAGGUCAUCAGGGUUCUGCUGGAGUACCUGGACCACAAACUACAAGUGGCACAGAAUAAAUUUGCCAAGUUCCUACUCUGCUGUCUCAAAUGCUGCUUCUGGUGCCUGGAGAAAUUCAUCAAGUUCAUCAACAGGAAUGCUUACAUCAUGGUGGCCAUUUACGGUAAAAAUUUCUGCACUUCAGCCCGAGAUGCCUUCUUCCUAUUGAUGAGAAAUGUGAUCAGGGUGGCUGUCUUGGACAAGGUCACAGACUUCUUGUUGUUUUUGGGAAAGCUCCUUAUUGUGGGCAUUGUAGGUAUCAUCUCCUUCUUCUUCUUCUCUGGGAGAGCUAAAGGAGUGGAUGUUGUACCCAAUUUGCACUAUUAUUGGGUGCCCAUUCUGACGAUCGUGGUGGGCUCCUACCUUAUUGCCCAUGGCUUCUUCAGUGUGUAUGCCAUGUGUGUCGACACACUCUUCCUUUGCUUCUUGGAAGACCUGGAGAGGAAUGACGGCAGUGCAGAGAGGCCUUACCUAAUGCCAGAGUCCCUUCUUGAAGUCCUAAAAAAGAAGAAUCGCGCCAAAGAAUAGUGAGAGAGAGCUGACCUAUGCUCACCACAUGCAACUGUGUACUCCAAGGGCUAAGUGUCUGUACAUACUGUAGUUAAGUGCCUUAAAUGCAUGCAUUUAACAAACAAACAAACAAAAAAAACAGCCCGUUAAGACUGUCCCUAUCUUCUAUGCAAGUGUGGACAAACACAUGCUUUGUAUUUCACUUUAAUGUUUUUUUUGUUUGUUUUGUUUUUUGUUACAAUUCCUGAUUAAAAACAAAAUAUGUAAUAAGCCUUUAAUAUGUUGCUUUAUAAUGGUAUUUUUAGCAAUAAUUUUCAUUAUGUUUAAUGUUAAAAGAAAUUUUGUGCUAAAGCUUUUAAUGGCAAGCUUGCACGAUAGUAAAGUGCCUGGUUUUUUGCUCUUUGGGUUAACUUUAUAUUGGUCAUUGUUGUUAACGGCUUUUUUUUUUUUUUUUUUUUUUUUUU